CGUGGAUCCUUUGUCACUUGGAGUAUUUAAAAUCACAAAUCAUACACGACAUGCUCCCACUCAAUCUCUCGUAGUGAUCUCUCCUGCACGCAGUGAUCAUCAAAGAGGUAAAAAAGGAGACUGCAGGAGGAGCCAGCCCAUUCAUUUAUCUUCUACCUCUAUCUGUAUCUUUCAUGAUGGACGAGGAGGUUUGGAAAUUGAAACGCAAAAAUCAACGUCGUUUUACAAUUGAUGAUGUGGUGGACGAUGUGUUUCACCAAAGAUUCUUGUUUUUUGCUGGAUCCUUCGAAACAAAAAUCCUUCGAAAAAAAUCACUCGUUGAGAACAAAAGGAUCGCACGGGAAGGUUACUUCGAAAAACGAGGAAAUUAGAAUUAGAUAGCUUUCUUCUUGUUGUGGCUACCUUCCGAUCUUUAUCUAAUCCAAAACAACCAAAAUUUGCACUCAACCGACCUGCUGUUUCGGGUCUUCUUUUUUACAUUAGUACCAGCAUACUCAUUUCCGUCUUCUUCCCCUCACAACGAUAUCAUCUGGUUUGCUUUUCAUUUGUCUCUUCCUUCGACAAAUCCUUUCCAGGUCGUGGCUGUUUCUUGUUCUAUGGACAUUUCUUACAUCUAAUGAUUUUCGAGUGCUGUUGAAGAAAAGAGAAGAAAACAGGUGCAUGAAGAUAGAUUGAAUCAUCGCGAAGUAAAAUAGAUUUAAAGUAACUUCCUCUUGAGUCUCAAAAAAUUCGUUCGUGUCUCAAUCUCACCUUGUCCUUCUGUCUUUUUAUCACCAUUUCCUAAGACAACAACAAGGAGGAACAAUCGACGACGGUCACACAGUUCACCUGCACCAAAGGCAAUUUUAUCCCGAGUACGUGUUUCUCUCGGCUCAUGCGAGGUUGCAGAGCAGGUUGAACUUGAAGCAGAGCAGGUUGUCUCCCGCACAAAACAUCAAAAUGGAGGAACAGAGACGAGAGCGAAGUCGCAGUCGUCGCAGGCGCGACAGAAAGAGUAAAUGGGGUAACGACGACGACUCAGCAACCACUGGUGAGGCGGCACCUGAUUGGGUGCAGGAACUCUACUCGGUUCCCCCACAACCUAUGGCGAAUCCAGUGGUAGAAGGAACAUUUUCCUCUAAUAAUUUCAAAAAAAAUGAAUUUGAUCUUCGACCUCAUCCUUCGAUACUGAAAUGAUCUCAUCUUCCAUCAUCUAUUUCCUACUCCCUCACCUAAACCAAAACCAAAUGAAUAAACCUAAAGGCCCUUCGCGCCAAUGCGACAGGACCGGCGGCACCUGGAGCCGCGCGAGCAGGCGGAGCUGGUGGAGCGGCGUCGAAUAAACCUGGCAAUAUAUCUAAGGAGAUGGAAAUACCCAGUGCUGUGAUGGGCCACGUCAUUGGCCUUGGCGGAAAAACAAUAUCAGAAUUUAGGACGUCGACGGGAGUUCAUGUUCAGGUACAGAUGCUCAUCACUCUCUACUUCCACCUUCAUGUUCUUUAUCACUUUCGAAUUCGAUGAUUUAGCGACUUUAUCAUGUUUUUUGAUCUCCGCUCCUUGUUACAUUUUCAUAGGUGAUUUCAAACCCCGCGAUGCCUUUUGGAAAAUUGCAUAUUGGGCCAGGAGCAGCCGAGAGCGUCGAUAAAUGCGUCAGAAUGGUGAACGAAAAAUUGCUCGACUAUGUUGCAAGAGGUACUUUUCAGUUUAACGUGAUGAUAAGGUAUGCUUUGCAAUAUACUAAUUAUGUGACGUCGCCGUUGUAUUCAAACAAAAAAAUUACAAGUAGAUUUCCCAAAUGCGUCCUGCAUACCACUAUUAUGAAUCCAAAAUGAUCCUAAAUAGUUCUAAAUCCUAACUCCCAUUCCCCAAAUCCCCCAAACUCCCAAUACCCAAGUCCCCAAACCCCCAAUACCCAAGACCCCAAGACCCCAAGUCCCCAGAUCCCCCUCUCCUCACGCUACAGGUCAAGCCCAAGCCCAAGCAACAGGAGGUGCUCUGAAUAUUCCGCCAUCUCUAGUGGAUGAGCAAAUGCAAUUUGUUCCAGUGAUCGGGAAAGAGAUCGAUCCAGCACAGCAACUGGCGGAGCUACAAGACUUGGGUCCAGCUUAUCCUGGAGGCAUUGUAAAGGAGCUGACGAUUCCGAGUAACUUGAUGGGGGGGAUCAUUGUUAUGAAGAGGAGUAGGAACAUUAAUUAGUAUGAUGUCUGAUAAUUUAAUUAUGAUGUAUAAUUAUGUUUAUGAUGUCUUCUAUUAUGAAGAUGUCUUCUAUAUCUUCCUCUGGUCUGUCUUUUUUCUAGUUAGGUCGGCUCCGCCACAAUUAUGAUGUCGAAUAACUUGAUGGGGGAGAUCAUCGCUCUGUCUGAAUGUAGAAUAACUAAUAUGAUAAUGAAGGUUCACCAUUUUUUCUCUAAUUUCUGUCCAAGGCAAUCGACUCUAGCCCAAAUCCGGAAGGCUGCACAAGUCAGAGUAGAGAUCGCUUCGCAGCCCAAGCCUGGUGUGCAAUCUGAGGUAUAUUUUUCAAGCACAAAAAAUCAGGGUAGUUGUGGUUUAUAAGCUCGUCUGAUAACACAUACAGAUAUUACUGAUGAAUGUUCUCAUACCGACCCUGACGCUGAGAAUGUUUUACGACCCCAACAAGCUUCACGAUGAAUUGAAGUUUAUUCAUUGGAUCAUAUUAAUUUUCUUAUGGAUUAGCACGACGGACUAGUUUCUUUCGAGGGUGAUAUUCAGGUGUGAUAUUCACAUUCUUAACUUCAUCUACUUCUAGGGCGUGCUCCGUGUUGGACCAGCGCCUCCAGAUAUUAUUGCGAAGUGCGAAGAGCUGAUACAAAUCAAGAGUGAGGAAUUACUUGGGCAGAGACCGCGGACAAACCCACUUACCUUCGCAAAUAUCGCCUCCGGUCAGCCUAUGCCCCCUCAAGCGCAACCAAGAGCACCGAAUACCAGAUCACAGGACGUUAUUCCGCCAGGUCAGGAAUGCAGAGAAGUGGAAGUGCCGAAAGAACUUAUGGGAGCGGUACUCAUUUUUUUAGUGUCCUUUCUCUCCAAUCAAAUCUGGGCUAGGAAGGGUGAGUGGGUAUUUGAUUGCCUAUUCUUGACUUCAUCAUCUAGCACAGAAUGGGAUAGCGGCUGCGUCUGCAGUAAACAGCUCAAUAUGUUUUGAUGCUGUUCCACGCUUACUAGAGUAAUCUCCUCCCUGCACAUAGUACCCAUACAUUUUUAGUGUUUUGACUAGGAAGCUGAAGCGAUGACCACAUCCCAUAUCAUCUUGUUCCUCCAGAUAUAGAUCAUUUUCUUAACCUCUUGUUCCUCCAGAUAAUCGGUUCCCAGGGUAGCGGCAUAGAACGAGUGAAGAGUGCGCUGACGGAGAAUGGGGUGAACAUGGCCAUUAGUAUAUCGCAGAAUCCAGCACGCGACUCGACUUUGCCUUGUGGUAAACUGAAACUUGGACCAGCACUGCCGGAGCAGGUUGCAAAAGCUGUCCAGAUAGUAGAGGCAAGAAUUGAGGAGUGUCGCGUCAUGCGAGAAUCAUCCAAAGGAGGCGCGCCAGGAGGAGGAAAGAAUAUGAAUAAGGUACUUGAUGUGUAGGACCCUAUUUUUCUCUCCUCGUAGGAAAUCUUCAAUAUUCUAUGAUAAAUGAUAUUUUGUGUCGAAAGUAUAUCCUAUAAUCCUGUCCUAUCGGACAUGAUGUGAUCCUAUCCUAAACGGAGGUACUCCUUUCCCUAUAAUUUCAACCAUGAAAAUGAAUAUCACUCAGGGCGGCGGCGCUUUCGACCCUAGUAAAGGCAAGGGCAAGGGAGUGGGUAAAUUUGGAGGUGGGAAGGAUGCCGGCAAAUUUGGCUUCGCUGCACCGAAUCCGUAUGGUAGUUACGGCAUGCCAGGUAUGCCGGGAAUGAUGCCUGGACCAAUGCCGGGAAUGGGCAUGCCAGGGAUGCCAGGAGGGGGUAUGAUGCCAGGAAUGCCAGGAGGGGGUAUGAUGCCUUUAAGGCUAAAAACAAUAAAUGCAUCUUCGGAUAACGCAUCGUGAUCCCGUUUUCAAAGGGAAAACGGUAAUCAAGACGCUUGCAUCGUGAUCCCGUUUUCAAAGGGAAAACGGUAAUCAAGACGCUUGCAUCGUGAUCCCGUUUUCAAAGGGAAAACGGUAGUCAAGACGCUUGCAUCGUGAUCCCGUUUUCAAAGGGAAAACGGUAAUCAAGACGAUUGUGAUGCUGAAGAUGGAUUAGUUCUAAUGUGUGGAGGAGGAAUGGGGAUGCCACCUCAAAUGCCAGGAGCAGCAGGUAUGGGAGGCAUGCCAGCAAUGGGAGGCAACGGUCAUUAAGGCUCAAAAUAAUUCAUUUCCAAGGGUCACAACUGAACCAGGCAGUUCCUCGCAGCUGCUACGUGGUUCGAAUGAAUGGAAUGGAUCUUUUUCCUUCUUCUUGGAUGUCUGAAGCAGUGGACUCCACCUAGAGUUGCAAAGAAAUAUGAAGAUGAGUGUCUAAGGUGCUAAGACUCCUGAAGAAAUGAAUUGUUUUGAGCUCUAAGGUCAGAUGACACCAGAACAACAGCUUCAGCAACAACAGCAGAUGCUCCUGAUGCAGCAGCAGAUGCUAAUGCAACAACAAGCAGCGCAAAUGGCAGGAGCUCCAGAGGCUGGAGGAGCAGCUGAGUAGUUGUCUUCUUUAUUUCGGACUGUAGAGCAUAUUGAGAAGAUCAUCUGAAUAUAAUUGCACAAGAGGACGAAAUGUCAACUUUUACUGCUUGUUUGAUGAUGUCAAAUUCACCUUUAUCGAAUAUAAUUUGGAUAGUCAAGUCAGGUGGCCAAUACAGGCAACAAAAGUGAGAAUAGAGCUACAAACCACAAUGACUGACGCACACACCAGAGCGCAUCAAGAACCCUAAAUCCCACCUGAAUGAAACACUCACGCUUUCAAAAAUCUGUGUCUUCAGAUUUAUAGAAAACGCUUCUCUCAACUUUAUCACCCCGGGAAGGAUUGACCUCAACGUGUUUUUUAGUGAAAUAUUUUCCGGAGAAUAAAUGCGGGUCCGUGAAGAAAAGCAUCCGACAGAUAUGAACAACAGCUUGAGAAUACUUCAAUCCGAUUCAGACCUGGGACUGCCGAUGUAAAGAUCGCAGCACAUUGGGUUCGUGUGGAGCUAUCAGGCGGUUCUGUGAAGAUGUAUGAGGCGUUGUAAUCUCUUCGAAGGAAAAGAUUCUUUUGAAUAAG